GAAAGCUAGGAGCCAGACCAGAAUCAGAAGUUUAUUCAGCUGUGUCUACAGAAUGGACCCAGGAGCACUAUCUUCUGCUGUUUGGAGAUGGGACCUUCCAAGACCUGUAGCUCACAUACAGAGUUCCACAGCACCUCCUGGAUUUGGGAACCUGGGGAGAAGUUUUCUUAUUGAUGAUUUGUUGAAGGAUGUGGACCCUUUGGCUAUGAAGUGCCUUCCUGUGGCUUACAGUCAUUUGCCUGUCACACAGUGUCCUACAACAGAACAAUUUAGCCCUCUUGGGAGUACAUAUCCCAGAGCUUGGACUUUCCAACUUCUUCGCACUUCAGACAGAUGGCAGGCGUUUUAUCCACAACCCUUUACAGGAAAUGUAUAUGAAACAGAUUUCUCAAAGUACUUUUAUCUGCAAUCCGUUCCAUUUUACUCAGCUUGCUGUGGUGGGUCCUGUCAGCACCCUGCAUCCCCCACUGCUUUUCCAAGAAAUGAAAUGCUGCUGCCCUUAUCUGGCCAGGAUGCAAACUCCAAGACAAGGCGUGUCAUUUUAAGAAGGGCGGUGUUUUCUGAGGAGCAAAGGAAAGCUCUUGAGAAGAUGUUUCAAAAGCAAAAGUACAUCAGCAAGGUUGACAGAAAGAAGCUCGCAGUAAAGCUUGCAUUAAAGGAAUCUCAGGUUAAGAUCUGGUUCCAAAACCGAAGGAUGAAGUGGAGGAACUCCAAAGAAAAAUCGGUGCUUUUAAAUACGUUUUUAAAAGAAGAUUCCGCAGAACAGAAUCUCUCAAGGACUGUACAAUGUAUCCACACACCCUGCUGAAAGGAGGACAAAUGACCAAUCAAAGCAAUAAAUUUAGACAAGGGACUUCAGUUAAAGGAUAUAGACCAGUUUUGGGAAAAAGCAGCUGUGAAGUAGCGGCACGUCAUAACAGAACAUAAAAAUCUAAAUUUUAGCAUUUCCACACGAAAAUCUUCCCUUCUUUUUGAGGGAUUAAUAGCUGAUCCUGUGCUUGCCAACACACAAGCAUAGAGGGAAUUGGACGGAGUGGAUUGGCUGCUAUUA